UGGUGACAGAGUAAGCAAUGAACAUGUGAAGGUGUUUCCAUAGCGAUGUGUAAACAAGUAGCAGAAAAUGUUGGCAGGAAGAGACAGAGCGAAGGAGGAAGAGGAGAGGAAGGAGGAGAAAGAGGAGGAACCCAGCAGGAACCCGGAGGUUCUAGAGUCCAUGGAUGACGCUCUGAGGAACCUCCUAUGCAGGCUGGGUCUGAGCCGCGCUGCCAGCAGCUUUGAGGUGGAGUGGUACGGCUCGGCUCGGACCUUCAUCCCAGACGCCUGGACCCACAGGCGGCUCCUCCUGGAGGAGCUGGAGGCCGUCGGCAGGGACAGCCGGCUGCACAGGGAGGAGGUGCUGGAGGCGGAGCAGAUCUUGGUCAGAAUGCAGAGCGAGAUCCGUUUCCGUCGGCUGCAGCAGCAGAAGGUCUGGGAGCAGAAAAGGAGUCUCCUUAGGGAACGCAGGCAGCUGCAGGAACAUCUGGAGAACUCCCAGGAGGCGCUGAGGCAGCUGGAGGAGAAACACCAGGCAGCUCUGAGGAGCAAAGCUCUCCUCCACUUACAGAGACAGCGAAUCCAGAACCUUCCAGAACCGGAUCCCAUCCAGGAGAAACCCAAGGAGAAGCUUCCACCAAAGAGCUUCUGCAGACGGAAAAACAUCAGCAGGCUGUGGAGCCCUCAGGAGCCUCCAGCAGAAACCAGCUUCCAGUUGUCCAGCUCCACUAUGGACCAGCAGCAGCUGGGAGCUGUGGGUUCUGCCUGGAGCAGAGAGAAGGUCAGGCAGAAGCUGCUGGGAGGAGCGGCUCACUCUGAUUGGCCGUCAGGGAUGCAGCUUCCACCCCAGCAGAGACUCUGGAGGGAAGCCAGCAUCAGCUGCUGCAUCAAACUGGGACCCAUUAGGAAGCCGAACCGCCUGGUUCAGAAUAUUCAUCCUUGAUCUGAUUUUAGAUCCAUGAUUAAGAAUAAAGGAAAAUAUUUCUAUGAGGAUGAUGAUGAUCAGCAGUCUGUGAAGGUAGAGCUGCCCACAAAACCAUCCAAAACACUUCACUGGUUCCACUGGGAGACAAAUGAUUCAUUGAUCGAUUCAGGGUCAAACUCCUCAUCCUCCAUCUUCCUCCUGUCUCUAAUCGUCUCUCAGGUAGGAACUCGUUCUCCUCCAGACUGAUGUAGGAGUUUAGAUCCAUCAGUCAGCUGGUAGU